UUGUUUUUCUGUCUCCAGUAUGAAGUGAAACAGAACAGAAUUUACCACCUGAAACUGCUGCUUCAAGUUCAGAUCAGGAAAAGAAUAUACCGCAUCGUAACAACAAUUCAAGACCAAAGAAGAGGAAACUUACACUGAAGACACAAGGCUUGAUCUGAAACCAGAAGUUUGUGCCUACUCAACAGCUUCAAAAGAGCACGUCCCAACGCUGCUAGUAGUCUUUGUUUUCUCCAGUGCUGUAUUGAAACUGCCCAGGGCAGCAGCGCUUGUAUUCUUUAUUAGUGUGCUCUCUCUCUCUCUUCUUUUUUUUCUUUCUAUCUUUCUCCUUUUCUCUCUCUGUGUCAAUAGCAGUCUUCAUCCUUUGAAACUUCGUACUGAAGCAGAAGAAUCGGCUAAUACUACUGAAAGUGCAAUAUUUGAAUAUCACUGCGAGAUGAGCUUUGAUCCAAACCUUCUCCACAACAAUGGACACAACGGGUACCCCAAUGGUACUUCGGCAGCGCUGCGCGAGACUGGCGUUAUAGAGAAACUGUUGACUUCGUAUGGAUUCAUUCAGUGCUCAGAACGGCAGGCUAGACUGUUCUUCCACUGCUCACAGUAUAAUGGCAACUUGCAGGAGCUCAAAGUAGGAGAUGAUGUUGAAUUUGAAGUGUCUUCUGAUCGCCGAACUGGAAAACCCAUUGCUGUUAAAUUGGUGAAGAUCAAACCAGAAAUAUUACCUGAAGAACGAAUAAAUGGACAAGUUGUGUGUGCUGUUCCUCACAAUUUAGAGAGUAAAUCUCCAGCUGCCCCGGGUCAGAGUCCAACAGGGAGUGUAUGCUACGAACGUAAUGGGGAAGUAUUUUACCUGACUUACACUCCAGAAGAUGUUGAAGGAAAUAUUCAGCUGGAAACAGGAGAUAAAAUAAACUUUGUAAUUGAUACAAAUAAACAUACUGGUGCUGUAAGUGCUCGUAACAUUAUGCUAUUAAAAAAGAAACAAGCCCGUUGUCAAGGAGUAGUCUGUGCCAUGAAAGAAGCCUUUGGAUUUAUUGAGAGGGGUGAUGUCGUGAAGGAGAUAUUCUUUCACUAUAGUGAAUUUAAAGGUGACCUAGAAGCCUUACAGCCUGGUGAUGAUGUGGAGUUUACAAUCAAAGACAGAAAUGUAAGAUGAACUCCAGUAAAAACUGAAGACAAGAUCCUG